GAUAUUUUUGACUAAAAUCUGAAAGAAAACGCUCCCCUUGGUACUACCUAGGAUUGUUUAGUAUAGCACAAGCAUUCAUCUUGCCCCCGAACGGCAUUGGCCCCGCAGAUUAUCCCUCCCUUCAACGAAACCGAGAUGGAAAAUUGUCUAAACUGAUCAAAGCUCCAUUUUCAUCAUUUUUACAUUUCUGACAAGUGGAAUAAAAGUCGAGUUCGAUUUCUCGUCCAUAUAUGGUGAGGCUGUGAGGUUGACUGGUAAGGAUUUUGGGAUCUAAGUCACUGUACGACCAAAGUCGUGGGUAUGGUACAUUGACGUGAAAAUGCUGAGUAAUUGAAGUCACAACUGUUAGAUCAUAUAAUUGAAGCUUUGAAGAACUUAGGGUUCCUGGAUAUGGGAUGCGAAGGGAUAUAGAAGUACAGUCCGUACAGAAAUAGCUCCAGUGUAAAAGAGGCUAUCUCCAUGACCUGGUUAUUGCCUUGUAUAAGCAGUAGCAAGAUUCUCAUUCUCUCAGACAUACAUAAAUUCUUGUACAGUAAGUACUAAUUGGGUUUAAAAGUAUUAUCCUAGCUAUCAAGUACAUGCUCGUCGAAUUGUGGACACUUUGAUUGAUAAAACGAAUCACAUCAGCUGGGAGCGAAUCCACGGCCUUGAGAUUGCCCCGAAAGUCCAUCAGUAUCUAGUGCUUGGAGUUCCGAACAUACGCCUAGAAUCCGUUCCCGCAGAUAGAUUCUAGCACUAGUGAGAUAAUAACAGAUUCCCGAGAUGCAAGGUGUGUUCUUAAACAGCACACGAUUCGACUCGAAUUCUCCUAGCCCAUUGCUCUAGCUCGCCUUGACAUUUGGGCGUUCUUAUCAUAUUUUCGUUCAACAGACAUUGAUGCCCUUGACCUAGAAGUUGUACUUCGACACAUUUCUAUGGCUGGCAUGGAGGAAACGUCCACACACUCGAGGGAUACACUGGGCACCAGUUCCCGUCCGGAGACAGCAAUUGAUAUCAAGAUGGAAAACGACCGUUCUGACUCCUCGAACGAUAUCACUUCGGGAUCAGAUACGGACCAUACUGCUGAGAUCACGUUGCUUGCGAGGAAAAUGACUGCUCGCUCAGCAUAUUCAACCAUUGAUACUGAAAAUGGCCCUUUCAACCCAGUCCCAGGUUCAAAACUCGAUCCUAUGUCUGAGAACUUCAAGCCCCGUGCAUGGGUCAAAAGUCUGCUGCACCUCAAGUCAAGAGAUCCGGAGAAUUUUCCCGAUAGAACCGCCGGAAUCGGAUUUCGCAACCUCAAUGUUUAUGGUUAUGGAAAUGCAACAGAUUACCAAAAGAACGUCGUAAACGCGUGGUUGGGGCUUGGAGGCCUACUCCGGACGAUAACCGGAACUCAACGCCCACAAAGGAUUGAUAUUUUGCACGACUUCGAUGGCCUUGUGCAGAGCGGGGAGAUGCUUGUUGUUCUGGGACCCCCAGGGUCUGGCUGUUCGACCUUACUGAAAACAAUCGCCGGUGAAACUCAUGGUAUUUAUCUUGGUGAAGAGUCUGAACUCAACUACCAAGGUAUCAGUGCUAAAGACAUGAGAACACAGUUCCGUGGCGAAGCAAUCUACACGGCAGAAGUAGACGUGCACUUUCCUAUGCUCAGCGUUGGUGAUACUCUAGCUUUUGCAGCAAUGGCAAGGGCCCCAAGACAUUUGCCAGGCAAUGUCGACAAGUGGACCUACGCAACUCAGACGCGAGACGUUAUUAUGGCAAUGUUUGGUAUUACUCACACUAUGAAUACCCGGGUCGGUGACGAUUUCAUACGGGGAGUAAGUGGUGGUGAAAGGAAACGUGUCAGUAUCGCCGAGGCCUCCCUCAGUGGAGCUCCCUUGCAGUGUUGGGACAACAGUACCCGAGGCCUUGACUCAGCCAAUGCAAUUGAAUUCUGCAAGACACUUCGUCAAUCCACUGAUCUUACCGGCACAACUGCUUGUGUUGCUAUUUAUCAAGCACCAGGCGCUGCAUACAAUAUUUUUGACAAGGUGACCGUUCUAUACGAGGGCCACCAGAUCUUCUUUGGUCAUACCGAGAGCGCAAAGAGCUACUUCGAGAACCUAGGAUUCCAGUGCCCAGAUAGACAGACAGAUUGCGACUUUCUUACCUCUAUGACGAGUGCGGAGGAGAGAGUCGUCCGGCCAGGAUGGGAAGAUAGAGUUCCGAAAACCGCGAGUGAGUUUGCUGCAAUCUGGAAGUCUAGUGGUGAAAGAGCUCGCCUGUUGGAAGAGAUUGCUGCGUAUAACCAAAGAUAUCCCAUUGGUGGUGAGCAUUUGGAGAGGUUUCAAGUAUCUAGGAAAGCACAACAGUCUAAACGACAGCGCGUCAAGUCUCCAUAUACUCUAGAUUAUAUUCAGCAAAUCAACCUCUGCCUAUGGCGAGGGUUCAAAAGACUACAGGGUGACCCAAGUCUGACAAUCACCCAGUUGGUCAGUAACUUCAUCAUGGCUGUUGUCGUCGGAAGCGUCUUCUAUAACCUAAAAGAAGACGCCGGCAGUUUCUUCUCCCGAGGAUCUCUUCUAUUCUUCGCUGUCUUGAUUAACGCCAUCGCCAGUUCACUUGAGAUUCUCAUCCUGUAUGCCCAGCGAGGCAUCGUCGAAAAGCACGCCAGAUACGCCCUGUACCACCCCUCAGCUGAGGCGUUCGCCUCGAUGCUAACUGAUAUGCCUUACAAGAUACUAAAUGCAUUUACAUUUAAUGUUCCCCUAUACUUCUUGACGAACUUAAAACGAGAACCAGGGCCCUUCUUCUUCUUCGUUUUGACGAGCUUCUUGCUUACACUUGCAAUGUCUAUGGUCUUUCGAACUAUCGCCGCAAGCUCUCGGACCCUGGCUCAGGCUUUGGCGCCGGGUUCGAUUGUCAUUCUUUCAUUGCUCAUCUACUCUGGAUUCGCGAUUCCAAAGCCUUAUAUCCUUGGUUGGUCGAAAUGGAUUUAUUAUCUCGACCCUCUGUCUUACGCCUUCGAGAGUCUCAUGGUAAACGAAUUCAGCGGCCGAAACUACUCAUGUACCCAGUACGUCCCUGCAGGUGCCGCAUAUGCUGCGAGCGUAGGUCAAGAGAUUAUAUGUGCUGCAGUUGGUGCCAAGCCUGGUCAGAAUUUUGUCAACGGAGACGACUACAUUAACUCUGCUUUCCAGUACAAGCAUGAACAUAAGUGGAGGAAUCUUGGUAUCGUUAUCGCGUUCGCCAUAGGAUUCUGUGCAACCCACGUUCUCGCAACAGAGUAUAUCACUGAAAAGAAAUCAAAGGGAGAGGUUCUCCUUUUCCCUCGGGGCGUUGUUGCUGCCAAGUUACUAGCUAAGAAAACAACUGACGUCGAGUCUCCAUCUGAGAAGCCAGUUCAUUACCAGAAUAACGAUAGCAAGACAGUUCAGCCAGCUAUUAUCAGUGAUCAGGCGGCCAUAUUUCACUGGGAGGAUGUUUGCUACGACAUUAAGAUCAAGGGCGAGCCACGACGAAUUUUGGACCACGUUAACGGAUGGGUUAAACCAGGGACUCUCACUGCUCUCAUGGGUGUAUCUGGGGCAGGCAAGACAACCCUUCUUGAUGUGCUUGCUAGCCGUGUCACAAUGGGCGUGAUCACCGGAGGAAUGCUUGUUGACGGCCAACAACGGGAUCAAUCUUUUCAACGGAGCACUGGGUAUGUUCAACAACAGGAUUUACAUUUGUUGACCACGACUGUGAGGGAGGCAUUGACUUUCAGUGCACUUUUACGACAACCAGGCCACGUAUCCCGAGAAGAGAAACUCAAAUAUGUCGAUGAAGUUAUUGAUCUCCUAGACAUGGAACUCUACGCUGAUGCUGUUGUUGGAGUUCCCGGGGAAGGUUUAAACGUGGAACAGCGAAAAAGACUGACGAUCGGGGUUGAGCUUGCCGCUAAGCCACAACUUCUACUCUUCCUGGAUGAACCCACCUCUGGUCUGGACAGUCAAACAUCAUGGAUUAUCUGCAACUUGAUGGAAAAGCUAAAAAAUAGCGGACAAGCCAUUCUAUGUACGAUUCACCAGCCAUCAGCUAUGCUCUUUCAACGAUUUGAUCGGUUGUUAUUCCUUGCAAAGGGUGGUAGGACCGUGUAUUUCGGGGAAAUUGGUCAGAACUCCAAGACUCUAACUAAUUAUUUCGAGAGAAACGGUGCUCCUAAAUGUCCCCCGGAAGCAAACCCGGCGGAGUGGAUGCUUGAAAUUAUUGGUGCUGCUCCUGGCUCAAGUUCGGAAAUCGAUUGGCUACAGACAUGGUUAUCAAGUCCCGAGUACACAGAGACGAAAAGGGAACUUACCAAUCUGAUAGAGACUCGACCCCAGAUCGCGGCUACGAGAGAUGUGAGUCAUCAGAAGGGCUUGUACGAUGAAUUUGCAGCACCGUUCACUCUCCAGUUUCGGGAAGUCACCAAAAGGGUAUUCGAACAGUACUGGCGCACACCUUCGUACAUUUAUUCAAAGGCCGCGUUAUCUAUCGGUUCCGCUAUGUUUAUUGGCUUUUCCUUCUUCCAUGCCAAAAAUACUCGACAGGGCUUACAAAACCAGACGUUCUCACUCUUCAUGCUUCUCAGUGUUUUCGGACAACUCGCACAACAGAUCAUGCCUAAUUUCGUUACUCAAAGAUCUCUAUAUGAGGUCCGUGAAAGACCGUCCAAAACAUAUUCGUGGAAAGCAUUCGUGCUGUCGAAUAUCAUUGUCGAAAUGCCCUGGAAUGUUCUCCUAGCAGUGUUUAUGUAUCUGACCUGGUACUAUCCAAUCGGAUUUCAGCAGAAUGCGGUACCAACCGACGCCGUUGCUGAGAGGGGCGCACUGAUGUUUCUCUAUAUGCUCACAUACCUCGUUUUCACCUCAACAUUCGCCAUUAUGAUUGUGGCGGGAAUGGACCAAGCCGCAGAGGGUGCGAAUAUUGCCAACCUGCUAUUUUCGCUAUCACUGAUUUUCUGUGGUGUUCUGGCAACAAAAGACUCACUACCUGGUUUCUGGAUCUUUAUGUAUCGGGUAUCUCCGUUUACAUAUAUAGUUGCGGGAAUGUUAUCAGCCGGUGUAGCAAACACGGAUAUCACGUGCGCUGCUAACGAGUACCUCCUCAUGCAACCUGUCUCCGGAUCGACCUGUGGGCAGUAUCUCGACGAAUAUAUCACUGCCACUAGUGGUUAUGUCCUUAAUAGCAAUGCAACCAGCGACUGUUUGUACUGUCCAAUUAUCGAUACAAAUGAAUACUUGGCGAGCAUCUCUGUUUACUGGAGUGAAGCAUGGAGGAACCUUGGCAUAGUUUGGGUCUACAUCUUUGUCAACGUCAUUGGGGCAUUGGCAAUCUACUGGUUAGUCCGCAUGCCGAAGAAAGUCAAGGACGAGAAGAGCAACAAGGCGUAAACCUUCGACUUUGAGAAACAGGGACUCAUCAAUAACCUACAUAUCCCUACGAUCUCUAAUUACCACGGAAUAACCAUCUUUUUUACAUGUCGUUUUAUAAUGUACGAGAUAUUCAAUGAUACGACUCAUAGGGGAUAUCUCCUAUUAAUUAGAUUCAUAAUUUGUUUAUUUAGGAGGUCUUCCUACUCCCUGUAGUGGUAGAAUCAGUGGUUGACGGAGUGAAUACUUCAUUAGUAUAAUAAAUUCUUUAAUACUUUAACUCUACAUUAAAAUAUGCUUUUUUACAGUAUUA